UUGUUUACGCCGUAAUAUGAAAUAACGAUCUAGCUAGAUCUAAAGUUCCGGUGUAUAUUACGAUAUGAUGCAAACUGGUAUUUGAUUUUUUUUUUUAUAGAUUUUAUAAUAGAAGAUGUCAAUGUCAUCGGUUUUUAUCUUAGAUCUUAAAGGAAAGAACUUGAUAUGUCGAACUUAUCGUGGAGAUAUCAACAUGAAUGUGAUAGAAAAGUUUCUUCCACUUGUACUUGAUCAAGAAGAAGAUAGUGCAGAUCAGCCAAUAGUUGUUUGCGGAGAUGUAACAUUUGUGUAUAUAAAGUAUAACAACCUCUAUAUUGUAGCAAUUACUAAAGCAAAUUCUAAUGUAGCACUUAUAUUCUCAUUUCUUCAUAGGCUAGUUAGGGUUUUUACUGAAUAUUUUAAAGAGUUGGAAGAAGAAAGUAUAAGAGACAAUUUUGUAUUGAUUUAUGAACUUUUUGAUGAGUUAAUGGAUUUUGGCUAUCCGCAAACUACAGAUACUAAAAUCCUUCAAGAAUAUAUAACACAACAAAGUCAUAAGCUAGAAACAGCACCAAGGCCACCUCCAGCAGUAACAAAUGCAGUAUCAUGGAGACAGGAGGGUGUAAAAUAUAGAAAAAAUGAAGUUUUUUUAGAUGUUAUUGAAUCAGUAAAUUUGUUAGUUAAUACCAAUGGAAAUGUACUUCGCAGUGAAAUUAUUGGUAAUGUGAAAAUGAAGGUUUAUUUAACUGGAAUGCCUGAACUUAGACUUGGUUUGAAUGACAAAAUACUCUUUGAUAAUACUGGUCGUUCAAAAAGCAAAGCAGUAGAACUAGAAGAUGUUAAGUUUCAUCAAUGUGUUCGUUUGUCUCGCUUUGAAAAUGAUAGAACUAUUUCUUUCAUUCCGCCUGAUGGUGAAUUCGAAUUAAUGUCAUAUAGAUUAAACACUCAAGUAAAACCUCUUAUUUGGAUCGAGUCUGUCAUAGAAAGGCAUUCUCACAGUAGAGUAGAGUAUAUGAUAAAGGCCAAAAGUCAGUUCAAGAAGCGUUCAACUGCAAAUAAUGUUGAAAUUUCUAUACCUGUUCCACUUGAUGCUGAUUCUCCUAAAUUUAAAACUUCUGUUGGUACUGUGAAAUAUGCUCCGGAGAAGAGUUCAAUAAUAUGGACCAUCAAAUCAUUUCAGGGAGGAAAAGAGUUUUUAAUGCGUGCUCAUUUUGGAUUGCCAAGUGUUGAAGCUGAGGAAAGUGAAUCUCGACCACCAAUAACAGUGAAGUUUGAGAUUCCAUAUUUCACUGUGUCUGGAAUACAGGUGCGGUAUUUAAAAAUAAUUGAGAAGAGUGGUUAUCAAGCAUUGCCAUGGGUUCGUUAUAUUACUCAAAAUGGAGAUUAUUCGUUGAGGACAUCGACUUAAAAAAGCCAUAUUAUUUUGAAUUAUUCCUUCCGAAAAUCGAUGUAGAAAAAGUGUAUAUUAUUUUUUUGUGUGUGGUAUUUAUAUACCAAAAGCCAGGGCAAAUUUGAAAUUUUUUUUAUAAUAUGUAAUUGUCAAUCCUAUUUUUGCUUGAGAAACAGAAAUUUAUAUGUACUGAAUGUUUUUAGUAUAUAUAAUAUUAAAUUUUAUACAUCAAAUAAGUACUAUAGCAAUAGUUGAGUACAAUAGCAACAAUUUAUAUUUAAAAGUAUAUACUUUUAGGUACGUUAAUAUUCUUUGGUUAAUUUUUUUUUACUUAUUUUUAUUUUUAUUGUGUACCUGUUUGUGCGUCUGUCAAAAAUCGCAAGAUUAUUUGCUUGUGGUUAACAAAUAUUCGUAAUGAAAUAAUUUUUAAAAAAGGUAAUGAAUAUAGA